AUGGGUAAAGCACUUGUUUUAGAAACACUUGUAUUACUUCAUUGGUGUCAAAAAAUGAAAUUAACACCAGCUAUUUUACAUGGUUUUUCUCUUGGUGGACAUAUGGCUUCAUUAACAUUUACAAAUUGGCCUGUUCCACUUUCUCUUGUAUCCUGUGCUUCUUGGUCAUCAAGCUCAACAGUAUUUUGUGAUGGUGUACUUUCACGUACUAUUCCAUGGUCUCUUUUAAAACGACAAUUCUAUGAAAAUAAAGCCUAUCAAACAUUUUAUGAUUAUUUACGUGAAUGA